AUGCGCCAGCGCUUCAGGGCCUUCGCCAAGCACCCACUCUUCCUCGUCCAGAACAACAUCCCCCUCGACAAAGAGCGGGAGGUCGCCCUCCAACGUCUGCAGCUGAUCUGCGACAGCGACUUCCUCUCCGUGACCGACUUCAGCAGCAACCCCAAGCGCAUCUUUGCGGCGCACGAGCUCACGGGCCUCGUCGAUGGCUCCACCGCCACCAAGAUGACCGUUCAGUUCAACCUCUUUGGCGGGACUGUCUUGAAGCUGGGCACCGAGAGGCACCACAAGCUGCUGCUCAAGGGCAUCGACUCUCUCAAGGACAUCGGAUGCUUUGCCCUCACCGAACUCGGGUACGGCAACAACGCCGUGGAAAUGAGGACCACCGCCGAGUACGACGCAGCGACGGACGAGUUCAUCAUCAACACGCCCUCCGUGCUGGCGCAGAAGUACUGGAUCACCAACUCGGCCAUCCACGCCAAGUGGGCGGUCGUGUUCGCGCGCCUCCUCAUCCACGGCCAGGACUACGGCGUGCACGCCUUCCUCACCCGCAUCCGCAACGACGACCACUCCGUGUGCAAGGGUGUGCGGGUGGAGGACAUGGGCCGCAAGAUGGGCAUGAACGGUGUCGACAACGGCAAGCUCUGGUUCGACCACGUGCGCGUUCCGCGGCUCAACCUCCUCGACGCCCACUCGCAGGUGGCCAAGGGCGGCGCCUUCACCUCCUCCAUCAAGAGCGCGCGCGGCCGCUUCCUCACCGUGGCCGACCAGCUCCUGAGCGGGCGCAUUUGUAUCGCGUCGAUGCUGAUCGGGGGCUCCAAGACCUCCCUCCUCAUUGCCAUCCGCUACGCCUCCUCCCGCCUGGCCGUGGGUCCCACCGGCAAGAGUGAUACGCCCAUUCUGGCCUACCAGCUGCAGCAGCGCGCGCUGAUGCCCCUGCUGGCCACCACCUACGCCUUCAACUUUGGGCUGGACUACGUGAAGGACUACUUUGAGCGCACCACCGUGGGCGACCUCAAGGGCGACGCCAUGGCGUCCAAGUGGCUCGUCAUCCUCUGCUGCGCCCUCAAGCCCGUCGUGACGUGGAACGCCAAUGAGGUCAGCCUCGUCUGCCGCGAGCGCUGCGGAGGACAGGGCUAUCUGGCGUGCAACCGGUUCUCCGACGCCGUGGGAGGCGCGCACGCCGGCAUGACGGCAGAGGGCGACAACGCGGUCCUCAUGCAGAAGGUGGCCAAGGAGCUCCUCGACAUGCUCCGCGCCGGACAGGUCAACCCUCGCUCCCGCGACGACUCCAUCAAGCAGGACCUGAGGAGCCUGGAGUACCUGGGCUACCUGUUCGACCUCCGCUUUGGGCAGCGCCUGCUGGGCCUGGCCACCUCUCUGCAGCGCCAGCUGGGCGCGGGCCAGCCCCUGUUCGACGUGUGGAUGAAGCAGGAGAGCGACGCCAUCCAGGCCACCGCCAAGGCCUACGCCGAGCACGUGACCAUCGGCCGGUUUGGCAAGAACGUGGGCAGCAGCGGGCCGGCGCUGCAGCCCAUCCUGGCGGACCUGUACCGCCUGUACGCCCUCACCAGCAUCGAGAAGGACCUGCCCUGGUUCCUCUGCCACGGCAUCCUCACCAUCGGCCAAGGGAGGGAGGUGGGCGACGCCGUGCGUGCCCUGUGCUCGGCCCUGGCGCCCCAGGCGCUCCACCUGACCGACGCCUUUGGCAUCCCCGACUACGUGGUGCAGGCGCCCAUCGCCCUCGACUGGCAAAAGUACAACCUCGUCGACAACAAGGGCGAGUGCGUGGACUACCUCAAGGAGGAGUUCCGCCUCUGA